ACAUGCACUGAACAUGGCCAGUUUACUCGAGAAAUCGGCAAAAGCCGAUGUGUCAUGUAAUUUUUGGGGCCAGGGCGUGAUUAAAAUAAAAAAAAACUUUUCCACACAAUUUCUUCUUCUGCUCUCUGUGUUUAUUGAUUAACAAAACAGAAAAAAAGUUUUGUUUGGCUUGAAAUUUGAUCAAGUGCGAAAAAAUAUGAAUACAAUUUAAUACAACUUUAAUUAGCCCCAAAAAAAAAAACUUGAAAGUGUUUAUUUUUCUUUUUUUGCAUUUCUUCUCUGAACUCAACUCAAAGCCAUUAAAAAAAACCAAGACGUGAAUAGAAGAGUGAACGAACAACUCUACUUCUACCCAAAGUGCAAAAAACAUCGAUAAAAUAUGGCCUUUUUUUAGAAAGCUAAUAAUUUUUUUGAAGAUAAUAAUCAAUGAGAAUGGAAGUCAGCAGUAAUAAUCACCUGCAGAGCACUUCAUUGAUACUACCGCAGCAGCAGCCACAACAACAACAGCAAACACAACAACCACAACAACAACAAACUAAUAGCUGUAGUAUAACAUCUCUAAGUCGCAGUAACAGUCCGGCCAGCUCAAAUUCAGAAAUUGAAAAAGAGUUUCAAGAUUUAGACUUGAAUAGUUCAGGUAUUGCAAGUAAUAAAAGCAAUGGUACAUCAAGUGGUGGUAGUACAACGAACAGCAUUAUAAAUAGUACAGCUGGUGUAAAGAAACGCAUCUCAAGUAGUCGAACACCAACUAGAAAAGCACGAAGAAUAAAAUUCUAUCGUAAUGGGGAUCGUUUUUAUCCUGGCAUAACCAUUCCAGUUUCAAAUGAACGUUACAGAUCAUUUGAAAGCUUAGCAGAAGACUUAACUAGACUUUUAGAAGAUAAUGUGAAAAUUCCUGGAGCAGUACGAACUAUUUAUACAUUAAGUGGGAAAAAAAUAUCAAACCUUGACGAAUUUGAAGAUGGCCAAAGUUAUGUAUGUUCCUGUAACAAUGAACAUUUCAAGAAGAUCGAGUACAGCUCCCAACAGAUCGUUAACAAUAUUCAAAAUAAGGCCAAUAAUCGUCUGUCGAAAAUUUAUCGGCCAUCGUCACCACUUAAAAAUGGUACAAACGGCAGCCCCAUUCUAAAAGCAAGCGAACGUGAUAUGGUGGUACAUCCGCGCAUUGUGACUCUUAUUCGCAAUGGAACGAAGCCACGAAAGAUUAUGAGACUUUUGUUGAAUAAACGUAACAGUCCCAGCUUUGAUCAUGUGUUAAUUGCCAUUACACAAAAAGUAAGGCUUGACACUGGAUGCGUACGAAAGGUCUUUACCGUAACUGGAACACCUGUUCUCCAGCUGGCCGAUUUCUUCGCUCAUGACUAUGUUUUCCUUGCCUACGGUACCGAACGUGUCAGUCAGGAUGACUUCAAAUUAGAGGCUGAAGAAAAUAAAGUUAUCAGUCAAAAUGCUAAGACAUUGCGUAAUGGCACUGCGUGUAAGGGCCCAAAGCCAAAGAUGCCAGUUAAAAGCAAAAAUAUGUACAUUACCACAUACGAAUGUGUGGAAGAGACACUAAAUGACAGUGGAAUUGCAGCACAAGAUCUUCCUGCUGAAAUCAGAGAACGAUAUGCUCUGGGCAAUGUUAUUGGUGAUGGAAAUUUUGCAAUUGUACUUAAAAUUAAAGACCGACAAACUUCGAAGCCUUACGCCCUCAAGGUAAUUGAUAAGAGUAAAUGCAAGGGCAAGAAACACUACAUCGAUGCUGAAGUGAGAGUAAUGAAGAAAUUAAAUCAUCCUCAUAUUAUCUCUUUGAUAAUGGACGUUGAUCAGCCAAGUAUAAUGUACUUGGUAUUGGAGUAUGUGAGUGGUGGUGAUCUUUUUGAUGCAAUAACACGAGUGACAAGAUUCUCGGAAGAACAAUCGAGGGUAAUGAUUAAGCAUUUAGCCGCAGCAAUGGCGUAUUUACAUUCCAUGAGCAUAGUACAUAGAGACAUUAAACCAGAAAAUUUACUGGUUGAACUCGACGACAAAGGACACGUUGUUGAGCUUAAACUAGCUGACUUUGGUCUAGCUUGCGAGGUAACCGAACCUCUUUUUGCCGUAUGCGGUACACCGACAUAUGUAGCACCAGAAAUUCUUAUGGAAACCGGUUAUGGUUUAAAGAUUGAUGUAUGGGCAGCUGGUAUUAUACUUUACAUUUUACUUUGUGGUUUUCCACCAUUUGUGUCGCCCGACAAUCAGCAGGAACCACUUUUCGAUGCAAUCAUAUCAGGUGUGUACGAGUUUCCAGAACCAUACUGGUCUGAUAUUGGCGAUGGUGUACGCGAUUUGAUUGCCAAUAUGCUUCAAUCCGAUCCCGAUGUUAGAUUCACCAGCGAGGAUAUACUAGAUCACUAUUGGACUCUUGGUGAAAACUUCGAUUAUAGAUGAAUCAUGAUUCCACACAAUACACAUAUUAAUUAUUAUUAUUAUUAUAUUCAGCUAUCUUUUAUUACUAUUAUAAUUAUUAUUUAUACAUAAAUUAUCAUUUUUUUUUUUUUUAACAAAUUGCUAUUUCAAUUUAAUUUAAUUAAAUUUUUUCUUAUAUAUUCUCCUUUUAUGGAAAAAACAAUUUGUCUAUUUUUUAAUUUUAUUAUUAUUUUUUUAAAUUUUUAAAUUUUUCAUUUGCGCAAAAAUAAAUUUAAAAAAUAUGUAUUUGUAUUUUUUGUAGUCCAAGCUAAAUCUUCUGUUGAAAAGCGAUUUUAAUUAAUAUUUAAUUCAGCAAAAGGUUCAAAAAUAUUUUAUAUAGCAUUUAUUUUUUAGAUUUAUUUGCUUAUUUUAAAAAUUUAUUUAACCAGCUUUUAAGAAAAAAAAAAGAAAGAAAUGAAAUGAUAUCAAUACGUCAACAAUCGUAUUUUUUUUAGAAUUGAAAAAAAAAAAAAAUAUAAGGAAAAGAUUAUUAUUUUGUCAAGCUAUAAUGUGGCAUAGCCGAAUACCAAUUAUUUGUCUUGUUUAUUCGAAAUAGUUUCUGAAUGGAAGACGAUUAAAAGUAUAAUAAAAUCAUUGCCUUAAAUAAUCAUAGCAACAAUCAAGUGUUGUUUUUUAAUAAACAAUUUUAUUCUCCAACGAACUUAAUAAGCGGAUUAAAACAUAUAUCAAAAAAAGUGUACAUGAGAAUUGAAUGAUAUAAUUUAUGAUGAUUGAUGAUAUUUAUUUAUACAUAUUUUUUUAUAGAAAGACCUAUUGUUAGUUUUAGUUUAUUAUUUUAGAAAAUAUUUCCGCACCAACACAAAACUUUUUGUCAAGCUGCAAUUUAGUUGUAGUAAGUUGGUUGGUUUGAUUCCUUAAUGAAGAAUCAAAUUGUAGAGGAUCUGAAAAAAAUUGUGACGCCAGCAAAGAAGUUUUGAUGCAUUAUUGAAAAAGGAAGCUUAUAAGCCUUCAACCAACAACCACCUACUUUUAAAGAUUGGAUAAGUGUAGCUGAUAAAAGAUUUGAUAGAGUGUUUUAAUACAAAUACAACCAAUAUGAAAGGAAUUCAAAAUUAGAGUCAUAAUGAGAUUGAAUAAAAAUCAAUUAAAUGAUUUUUUAAACCAGAACAGUGUGAAAAACCUCAACAGUAAAUCUACACUUAUUUCUUCUUUCUUGCUGCUCGAUGAAAAGUUUGUGCAGCAGAUUUUACACAUAUUCCUUCCACACCCUCUUCGAUAAUAUGCUAUUUUAUAUAUGAUGGCGAACCAAUAUGGCUCACAGCGUAUUCUUGACUUUUACUGUAACCUUAUUUAAUAAUUCACUUUGAUAUAAUUUUAAAUUUUCAUUUUUAGAAAUUGUAAAAAAAAAACUCAUUAACAGAAAUACAAAGUUGCUUCUUUCAA